ACCUUGGCAGACAGCAGGAGAGUGCUGCCCUUCGGCCAGCUGAUUCACUUGAAAUGCGUCCUCGCUGCUGAAACCAACAACACUUAGAACAACAUAGAGAACGAUGAUAAUGAAUACGGUUGUAAUGGAGGUGGUGGUGUUGUGCUGUUACAUGAGCAAUAGACUGUGUGACUGCUCGGGUUUUCUUUACCGUGUGUAGUUGUUCAGGGCCUCACUGCUUGCAGAGGGGAAACAUACACUCGGAUGUGCACGUGCACCGUGCACACCCUCGGUGAUAUAUGUUGCUUAGUAUUAUAUAUGUUGCUUAGCAACAGAAGACAAGAGGAAAUGUACAUCUUCACAGUGAAGCUGUCGUCACAGACUCAGGACUCCUGAGAUGGCAGGCUGUGUGGAAGCGCUGCCGUUGAGCCAGGCUCCGUGGCCGGGCCAUAUCACAGGAAGCUUCCAGCCAGGGGCCCCAUGCCAUAAGCCACUGGGGUCACACUUUCCUGCUCUGGUGUUUUCUCCAUAUGGUACAGGAUUGGUCAGCUGUACAUGAUCAGCAAGCACAGUCACGAGCAGAGUGAGAGGGGCGAAGGUGUGGAGGUGGUGCAGAACGAGCCGUUCGAGGACCCCACCCAUGGACCUGGCCAGUUCACAGAGAAACGCGUCUAUCUCAACAACAAGCUGCCCAGCUGGGCACGUGCAGUGGUUCCCAAGAUUUUCUAUGUGACAGAGAAAGCAUGGAACUAUUACCCCUACACCAUCACUGAGUACACGUGCUCCUUUUUGCCAAAGUUCUCCAUCCACAUAGAGACAAAGUAUGAAGACAACAAUGGCAUCAAUGACAAUAUUUUUGAUGACCCCAGAGAUGAGGACACUGAGGUGUGUUUUAUUGACAUUGCAUAUGAUGAAAUCCCUGAGCGCUACUACAAAGAGUCAGAGGACCCGCGCUGCUUUAAGUCAGAGAAGACGGCGCGGGGUUUGCUGCAGGAAGGCUGGAGGGACACCCAGGACCCCAUCAUGUGCUCCUACAAGCUGGUGAAGGUUAAGUUCGAGGUGUGGGGUCUGCAGACGCGCGUCGAGCAGUUUGUGCACAAGGUGAUAAGGGACGUACUGUCACUUGGUCACAGACAGGCCUUUGCUUGGGUGGACGAGUGGAUUGACAUGACGAUGGAGGAGGUGAGGGAGUACGAACGUGCCACUCAGGAGGCCACCAAUAAGAAACUGGGCACCUUUCCCCCAGCUAUCUCCAUCAGUGAGACCCCUCUGCCGGCAUGUGCCCGGGGCGGGCCCUCUAGUGCCCCCUCCACCCCACUCUCCACAGAGGCUCCAGACUUCCUCUCCGUUCCCAAGGACAGGCCGCGGAAAAAGUCGGCCCCGGAGACACUCACCCUUCCCGACCCUGGGAGGAGGGAUUCCGGGUAUCGAUUUCCCAGCCUCUUUUCCUGGGGUUCCAGCUCCCCACAGCCUGAAUGACCUAUGGAGGGAAGCGCCCAAGGUGACACAUGUGCAUCUCAGGCAUGAGUCUGCUAGUCACACAUGCAGUGAGCCCAUCUCUGCUUAAAUGAGGAGGGGGAGACAGGGAGGCAUCAGCUGCCUGGAUCCACGCGUAAAGCGUCUCUCUUACCUCUCAGACCUCAAAUUCCACACAGGGAGUCAGUCAAGAUCUGAUUCACAGUUGGCUAAAGAGUGCCGUCCGACUUUCUCAAAAGCAUCUUAGUCCAUGGUUAACAAUAUCUCAGGAGCUGUUUUGCUAAUGCAAAGAAAAGAGUUGCAUUUUUGAAAUUCAUAGUUUCCCAGCUACUGUAGGUUUGACAUUUCAAAGUUUUUGACUGUGUGCUAUUCGAAUGGGAAAUCCAAAAUAAAAAUACCACCUUCUUUUAUUGUAACAGUACAUGGUACCCCUUUUUAACUUAGUGAAUCUUACAGAUGGGCUUGUGUUCAAUGUUUUGAUUUUACUGUUCUUCUAGGUAGAAGUUCUUGUUGUGGUUUUGUUUAUUGCUUUUUUCUGUUUAGGUUGGAUUUGCUUUUUUGCCACUGUCCAAUAAAAGGUUCCAUAACCCACAAUAUGGGUUUACAUUUGAGUGUUGCUGAACAUAUUUUUAUAUUGUACUACAGUUAAUAAUAAUGUAUAGUUUCAUUUCAGUACAGUUAAGCCAUGUUCAUAGUUUGGCUGUGGCUGGUUGCUCUGCUGAGCUAAAGAAUAAGGCUUAUCUCUCAUUAUUCAUUACUCUAGUGUCCUAACUGAAAACCACUGAACGUAAUCCAGCUAAUGUGUUAUAGUCUGUUACUGUAUAUAUGGACAAGCAUGCUUCUGUAUAUACGGUAGCACAACAGGCUGUCAGUCUGAGUAGUAUUCUACCAUAUAAGAUAAAGAGGUCAUUGAGUGCAUUGUAUAUUACACAUUAUUUUCAUGGUUCAACUGUAUGUGAUGUGUUAGUGUAUAUGAAUGGAAAUGAUCAGGAUAUUUCUUUUUGUAUAUCUUGAUUGCUAUAUAAUCUACAUGUGAAAAGGAAUGCUUGCCUCUGGACACUGUGCUUUGUGAAAUGAGCCACUUUAUUCUUGCUGGUUCAUGCAUAUCUGUUAUUUCAUAAGUAGGGAUCUACACAAAUUUUUAUGGCACAUAAACUUUAAGCACAUGGCCAUAUGAAAUAAUAAUUGAUGUAAACAGCGACUGUGAAAAUAAAGAUUGUCAUCGCUAGUGAAAAUAUAGUUCAGUGCA